AUGAGAGGCGUGGUGAAGGAGGGGGUGGUCCUGCCACGGUCCCGGCCCCAGGCUGCAGUCGGAGAAUCUCGCUCUUGUCUGUUCCACAGAAAUCGCCCUGAUGUUAUAACGAGAACGAACUGGCGCGCUCCAGUGGUGUGGGAAGGCACUUUCAACAGAGACGCCCUGGGAAAAUACUACGGAAGGCAAAACCUCACCGUGGGCUUGGCGGUCUUUGCCGCUGGCAGGCUGGCGGGUGAGCACCUGAAGCUGUUCCUAACGUCAGCCAGUAAGUACUUCAUGACCGGCUACCGAGUUGUCGUCUACGUCAUAGCGGACGUCUCCUUCCAGCUGCCUGACCUGGAGCCAAGUCCUCUUCGAACGUUCCAGAUAUUCAGAGUGGAGGAGGAAGACCUGUGGCACGACCACGACGUGGCGCGCAUGAGGAGCUUGGGCCAGCACGUCCUCUGGCACAUCCAGUAUGAAGUCGACUUCCUCUUCAGCAUGCCGGCCAGCCAGGUCUUCCAGAACGACUUUGGGGUGGAGACCCUGGGCACCUCUGUGGCUCAGCUCCACGCAUGGUGGUAUUUUCAAAACACCAAGAACGUCCCUUACGAGAGGAGGCCUAAGUCAGCGGCUUACAUCCCGUUUGGACAGGGAGAUUUCUAUUACGACGGCUCGGUUGUUGGUGGCACGCCCCAUGAGAUGUUAAACCUCAUCCAGAACUAUCUGAGUGCGACUACCCAGGACAUCAAACAUGGACUUAACAGCACCUACGAAAGGCACCUCAACAAAUACUUUUUUCUCAAUAAACCCACCAAGUUGUUGUCACCAGAAUACAGCUGGGACCUGACAUUUACGCCCCCUGCCCAGAUUCGAUAUGUCAAGUUGGUGCGUCAUUCCCAGAGGAAUUAUGAUCAGGCCAUUGAGUUUAUAGACUGA